AUCAAGUAUUUAAGACAGCUGGGUUCACUGAGGUAGCACGUGCCACCGGACACGUCGAGUAAACGGGUUUCUGAGAGGGACAGUGACCGUGAAUGUCUCCCUAAAGUCGGUACAACUACUCGGUCCUCCUCCGUCACCGCCCGGCCUAAGAGCUCACCAGAACGUAGAUCAUCCUGCGGGGGAUAAAAGAUCGGACAGUUAGAGACUCUAGAGAACACAAGACACGAACCUCCAGACAUGAUAAGCCAGCAGCGGCAGGUUGAGACAGAGGGUGAGCCACUCGGCUGCACAGAAGAACAUCACGCAGAAGAAGAAGUGGAUGAGAUACUCUGGGAGAACCAGCUGAAAGAGAACAAAGUAAAGAAAGACAAACAGGGUGAAAAAUCCAAACCUGCCACCUGCAAAACAUGGAGUGAUGUUUCACAUGAAGGUGGAAGAAAUCUCACCUGCAGAACUUGAAGAGCUUACACCAGGUGACUGAAAGCUGUUGAACACUGGUGUCAGACUCAUUCAAAGGUAAAACUCCUGACUCCUUCUCACCUGCCGGACUGGAGAAGAUGAAGCAGAGAGGGUCAUGGCAGAUUUCUCGCUGUCAGAUGCUUUAGCAGACGACACCCCAAGCAAGGCAAAGAAAACCAGCAACCUGAACCCGUCUGGAAACAACCCCCAGCCUCCUUCAAACCCAGGAUGGCCUGGCUCAGCACCAGGAGCCCCCACCCAGCCCUCCGCUCCAGGUGACUACUCUGGUGGAUCAUCUGGACCGGGAGCACCAGGGCAGUUCCCGUUUCACUCUGGUCCUGGAGCACCGGGCCAAUACCCAGGACCUCCUUCAGCACCUGGUGGCUUCCCGCCUGGUCCCGGGAUACCCGGGCAAUAUCCACCUGCGCCAGGAGCUCCAGGGCAGUUCCCCUCCAGUCCUGGAGCCCCGGGGCAGUUCCCUGGGCAGUACCCACCUGAAGGAGCUCCAGGACAGCUACCUGGAGGACCUGUCCCUUACCCAGCAGGACCAUUCUCCUCUGGCCCUGGUGCUCCCCCUGGGCCUUAUCCGAAUGUGCCUUUCCCAGGAGGUCAGCCAGGAGGCAACGGGAUGUACGGACCAGGUGGUCCAGGUGCAUUCCCCCCUCCAGCAGGCCCUGGAUCUUUCCCCGCAUUCCCUGGUGGAGGCUUUCCUCCAAUCCCCUCUGGGUCAUGGGGACCUCCUGGCGGCGGAGGCUUCCCUCCUGCUCCUGGUCACUUUGGUCCAGGCCCUGGGUCUAUGGAUCCGUACGGGGGCCCUGCAGCUCCAGGAGGCAUGCUGAUGGUGCCGUAUGAUCUCCAGCUUCAUGCCGGGAUUCUGCCGCGACUCGUAAUCACAAUAGUUGGGGAGCCGACCCCAGGGGCAGACAGGUUCCAGGUGGACUUCAUCAGAGGGUCGGAUGUCGUUUUUCACUUAAAUCCUCGAUUUCUUGAACAAACGAUCGUCAGGAACUCUUGCCUCGGUGGACGCUGGGGGCCGGAGGAGCGAGACGGACACUUCCCGUUUGCUCACGGACGUCGUUUUGAGGUGAAGAUCCUGGUGGAGGAGGACAUGUUUAAAGUGGCGGUGGAUGGAAACCACGUGCUGGAGUACGAGCACAGGAUGGGCGGUCUGGAGGAGGUGACCCUGAUGCGAGUGGACGGGGACGUCGUUCUCUACAGCGCGUCCCCGAGCAUGAUCUGAAUCCACGCGCCGCGCUCCGAGGUCACACACACCGAUCCCCCGACGGAGUUUUUGAGGCACAGUAGUCGGCGCCGUGCUCUCUUUGCUCGCCUGACACAUUUAUUACAGAGCAGAAUUAAUCCAGGUCUCUACACUAUAAUCUCUUUUUUUAGUUUACCGGACGACAUUAAAGUUUAGAAUCACUCCGAUCCAGUAGAUCUUACGGCAGUGUCAGAGUAGUGAAUGAAAACAUUUAACCAGGAAGUGAAAUCUUAAUUUAUAGCGAAUGAAGAGACAGCAGGCCCGAUGAUAAGCUGUAUUUUGUUUACAGUACGCGUCUGUUUAUGAUUCUGUUCUUUCUUUAAACUUGAUGAGCCUUUGUAAUGCAUGAGAGUGUGCUGCUGGUCUCCUUCCCCCGCCUUGUUUCUGACCCGAUAACACACAGCUAACGAUGAAGUGUCUUUAUUUAACGCAGAGCUCCUCCCUCUCUUCAGUAUUCCUCCUCCUCCUCGCAGACUGAAGUUAGAAUCAACUUGAUUUCAUGUUGAAGUCAGAUCCGGAGGCGGCUCUGAAUUCAAACGUAAACGUGAGAGGAGGCGUGGGGCUCUUGUUUUGUUGCCAAAGAGAACAGUGGUACAGUAUUUUUAGUCAUUAAUAAAAGGGCAACAAUCAAAUAAAUGAUGACUGAAAGGCUGUUUGAGUCUGAGUAUUGUACACGUUGAUGAGCUGCCUGCCUGUUCAAUAAUAAACGCUAGUUUCCCUGUU